CUCACUAGCGGGUAGCGGCUACUGCUUUACUUUUACUUCAUGGUAGCGUUAAAACGCUAAAACCCUCGCAUCACAAAAACACGGUGGUUUAAUGGCGGUUCCUUUUCUUCUCCGUUCUCUCUACUCUUCCACCAAAAAAUCAUUUUCCUCUUCUUCACCUUUCACUCCAUCUCCCUCUCGUUUCUUCUCCCGUGCCUUCUCUUCCGCACCCGCCGCCUCCACCCAUCCCACCGUAUCCCCUGACCCUAGCCGCCUCCGCAACGUCGCCGUCAUCGCUCAUGUCGACCACGGCAAGACAACUCUCAUGGACCGACUUCUCCGUCAGUGCGGUGCUGAUAUCCCUCACGAACGCGCCAUGGAUUCCAUUAAUCUCGAAAUUGAGCGCGGCAUCACCAUAUCUUCCAAGGUUACUUCUGUUUUGUGGAAAGAAAAUGAGCUCAACUUGGUGGAUACUCCUGGACACGCUGAUUUUGGUGGUGAGGUUGAACGUGUAGUUGGUAUGGUUGAGGGAGCAGUUUUGGUUGUUGAUGCUGGGGAAGGUCCACUUGCCCAAACUAAGUUUGUUCUUGCAAAAGCCUUAAAGUAUGGGUUGCGGCCUAUUCUUCUUUUAAACAAAGUAGAUCGGCCAUCAGUUACCGAGGAGAUGUGCAAUGAAGUUGAGAGUCUGGUGUUUGAUCUAUUUGCCAAUCUGGGUGCUACAGAGGAGCAACUUGACUUCCCAGUUCUUUAUUCUUCUGCUAAAGAAGGAUGGGCAUCCACCACUUAUACCAAGGAUCCUCCUGCCGAAGCCAAAAAUAUGUCACAGUUGCUUGAUGCCAUUGUAUCACAUGUCCUUCCACCAAAUGCAAACAUUGAUGCCCCUUUCCAAAUGCUGGUUUCAAUGAUGGAGCGGGACUCGUAUCUUGGGCGGAUUUUGACUGGUCGUGUGCAUUCCGGGGUUGUUCGUGUUGGUGACAGGGUUCACGGACUACGUAACAAAGAUUCUGGCGCCGAAAAAAUUGAAGAUGGAAAGGUUGUGAAAGUAAUGAAAAAGAGGGGUACAACCAUGAUUGUAACUGAUUGUGCUGGAGCUGGGGAUAUAGUUUCAAUUGCUGGUUUGUCAAGUCCAUCAAUCGGCCAUACAGUCACUUCUGUGGAGAUUAUGUCUGCAUUACCCACAGUUGAAUUGGACCCCCCAACAAUUUCUAUGACCUUUGGUGUAAAUGACUCCCCAUUAGCGGGCCGUGACGGUACUCAUUUAACUGGGGGAAAAAUUGGUGAUCGACUAAUGGCUGAAGCUGAAACCAACCUUGCCGUAAAUGUGCUUCCAGGCAUGUCAGAAACAUUUGAAGUUCAAGGAAGAGGAGAACUACAGCUGGGUAUUUUAAUUGAGAAUAUGAGGCGUGAGGGAUUUGAGCUAUCUGUCUCUCCACCUAAAGUCAUGUAUAAAACUGACAAUGGUCAGAAACUUGAGCCAAUAGAAGAAGUUACAAUUGAGGUAAUAAUUCAAUUUGGUGUUCAGUGUGCUUGUGCAUGUGUUUGGACUUUUAACAUCAUAAUGGAUCUAUCCCAGGUAAAUGAUGAGCACGUUGGCUUUGUAAUGGAGGCCUUGUCUCACCGACGAGCUGAGAUUACUGACAUGGGUCCUGUCGCGGGAGCUCUUGGUCGAACUAAAUUGUGUUUGACUUGUCCAUCAAGGGGCCUGGUUGGUUACAGGAGUAUAUUCAGCAGUGAGACGCGUGGAACUGGGUUCAUGCACCGUGCUUUCCUCACAUAUGAAAAAUUUCGAGGCCCUCUUGGCAAUGUGAGGAAAGGAGUACUGGUAUCAGUGGGUUAUGGUCCGAUCACAGCUCAUGCAUUAAUGAGCUUAGAAGCUCGUGGGACUCUUUUUGUAUCUCCUGGAAUGGAGACAUAUGAUGGAAUGAUUGUUGGAGAACAUUCACGGGAUACAGAUCUUGAUGUUAAUCCAGUGAGGGCUAAACAACUUACAAAUAUACGUUCUGCUUCCAAGGAUGAGAAUGUGAAGCUGACUCCUCCUCGCCUUAUGACGCUGGAAGAAGCUAUAGGGUAUGUAGCUUCAGACGAGCUUAUCGAGGUUACCCCAAAGACCAUCCGGUUACGAAAGAAAUACCUUGAUGCUAACAAGCGUAAAACCAUGAGUAAAAGGCAAAAGGAAUGAAGAGGACAAAAAGCCAAAGGAAUGAGGUGUUUUUCCUCAAUUAAAUUUUGUAACAUCAAUUUAUUCAGCAUACAUGAUAUAGUCGUCACGACUCACGAGCAAACGUUUUCAUCAUCAGGUUCUAACUUAAAUUCAAUAUUCUUUGAUAGUGAUAUAAUGCAGCCAAAUUUUGUAUUUCUAAGAAAUGAUUAAUAAUUGCCUAUUGAUUAAGAAAUAAGUACUCAUUGUUAUGUUCUAUAGAGUUUUUAUAUACAAGAGCCCAUUUGGUGCACAGGAUAAGAGACAGAAUAUGAUAACUGUAUCAUAUCCUGUUUCAGUCCAGUGUUUGGUGAUACACAUCAGUGUAUAAUAAGUUAAUCCUGUAGCUUAUCCUA